AUGAAGAGGUCUCCACCAUCUUCAAGCUCUUCAUCAUCUUCAUCUUCUAUUGGAUUUGAGAAUCCAAUUCAAAAGAGGGGUGCUAAGAGUACAAAGAAGAAUCUGAAUGUGAAGCCACAGAAUUUGAAGCAAAAGAGGAACCAAACAACAAAUGGUGGAAGUAGAAGAAGCUCCAUUUAUAGAGGAGUUACAAGACAUAGGUGGACUGGUAGAUUUGAAGCUCAUCUUUGGGAUAAGAGUUCUUGGAACAACAUUCAGAACAAGAAGGGAAAACAAGGUGCUUAUGAUACUGAAGAAGCAGCAGCUCGUACCUACGAUCUUGCAGCACUUAAAUAUUGGGGAAAGGAUGCAACUUUAAAUUUUCCGAUAGAAACUUAUGGAAAAGAGUUUGAGGAAAUGGACAAAGCAUCAAAAGAAGAGUAUUUGGCUUCAUUGCGGCGCCAAAGCAGUGGUUUCUCUAGAGGCAUUUCUAAAUACCGUGGGGUUGCUAGGCAUCACCACAAUGGUCGGUGGGAAGCUCGCAUUGGAAGAGUUUGUGGUAACAAGUAUCUCUACUUGGGCACAUACAAAACUCAAGAGGAAGCAGCAGUGGCAUAUGAUAUGGCAGCAAUAGAGUAUAGAGGAACAAAUGCAGUGACAAAUUUUGACAUAAGCAACUAUAUUGACAAAUUGAAGAAGAAGAACAAAAAUGUCGAAGAAACAGAACAAACUCAGCCAGAAACAACAACAAUAACGGAAAUUGUUCCUAAUAAUUCCUCUGAUUCUGAAGAAACCUCACAAGAACAAACACCAAUAGCUACACCAGCGCCGCCACCACCGCCAGAAGAAAAUCUACAACAAGCUGAACCUUGUCAGCAACAAGUUCAACAACAACAGCAGCAGAAUGUUGGUCCAGUUGUUCAAGAACACACAUUGGUUAAUGUCAUGGACAUUUAUCUUGACCAAGACCUACCAUGGAGCUACAUGUACAACGGGUUAUUAGAGUUUCAAGACACAAACAUGUCAUUCAGCAAUGACAAAGAUUUAAUUGAUAUAUUUGACGGAACAGGCUUUGUGGAAGACAUUGGUUUAAUGUUCAACACAGAAGAGCCUUGUGUUGGCGAAACUGAUAUCAAUAUCAGUGAAGUUUUGGAGGGAAUUGAUUUAUUAAAUGGAAAUGCUGAAAACAUGGUUGUGGAUAAUAAUGAUAAUAACAACAUUAACAAGGAGAAGGAAAUGUUGUCCUUAGAAUCAUCUUCUUCACCAUCAUCUUCAACAACUACAGUUUCUUUGUAA